AUGCUCUACAGCAGUUCCUAAUUCAAAGUUUACACCUGAACGAGGGAAUUUUACCGUAACAGUUUAACAAUUUUAAAUCGGUGAUUUAUUAAUAAAUGAAUUGUUCCUCUCUAGGAAGAUUAUAGUGAGCGGAAAAGUAGGAAAGAAGGAAAAAGCUUGCAGUUUAUAUAUUUGUUCAUUUGGAGGGGAAAAAAGAGUUAGUUACCAUGUUACGAUUGAUUCAACUGUUGGUCAUCAGUUUCCUAUUUAUUCACUAUGUACAAUCGGAAAAACUGCUGCCCAAAUCCUCUCAUGUUAUUAUAGCGCCAAAAUAUGUUCGUCCCGAUAUGACUUAUCGAAUGAGCGUCGCUAUUUUCGAUCUUCAAACUACUUCAGCUAUCUUAACGGCUACAAUUGCAAAUGAAAACUUUAACGAAGCGAUCGCUUCCUCGACAAUUCGUGUUGGUGCUCAUAGUUUAAAUAUGCUGGAGAUAAAAGUUCCAAAUUCUGCACCUCCCGGAAAUUAUUCUCUAAAGAUUCAAGCGCUUACAUCCUAUUCUUAUUCUAGUAUUCUAUUUGAGAAUAAGACUGAAUUAUUCUUUAAAGCUAAACAGGUGUCAAUAUUCUUACAAACUGACAAGGCGAUUUACGGACGUUUGCAAUAUAUAAAUUUUAGAAUAUUAGCAGUAAAACCAAACCUCCAACCUGUAUCCAAUGGUCAAAUAACUAUUUAUCUCCUUAAUCCUAGAGGUGUUAGGGUACAUUGGUGGAAGGAAAAGAUGCUGCAAAACGGUCUUUUCGAGGGUAAACACUUUCUAACCGAUCCUAGAUUAUACGGAUGGUGGCAAUUUGAAAUUUUAGCUUUUGGUGAAACAUAUUUCAAAAAAUUCUACAGCUUUGAAUACUACCAAGGUAUGCUGGAAGUUAAUGUGACUAUGCCUCAUUACGUUAUGGAGAAUGAAUAUGGUAUAGUUGGUCUUGUAACGGCAAAUUGGACCAAAGGUUAUCCGAUAAAAGGUUCUGGACAUAUUCAAUACGAACUAAAUCCACCGGAAAACAUGAAGAAUAGAAAAAGCAUUUCGUUCCAGACAAGAAUACCUUUCUUUGAAGGAGUGACAAGCUUCGCCGUUGGAAUGGACGAAUUAAGAAAUAUGAAUAAUAAUGCUUCGCUAGAAGGAUAUAAUUUAGUUGCAACUGCAGUUGUUCACGAUAUAAUAAAAACACAACUGCCAGCGACAGGUCAAGCUACAACUAAGAUAUUUGGUACAGGUUCAAAAUUAAGGGUUCUUGGAGGAAGAAUUCGUACAUUUAAACCUGGAAAGUUGUUUGACCUCUACAUCGCAGUAUAUCAAGCCGAUGGACAACCUUAUAGAAAAUCAAUAAACUCUGCGUUACGAAUUGAACGUCAAGUUUCAAAACUUGAUGGCUCUCCAGUUAAAUCGGCAAAUUUUAAAGAUAUUGUAAUUAUUGGGGAUAAUGGUAUAGCUCAUUUGUCUUUCAUUCCUGAAGAUGAUGAUGACGAAAUGACGAUAACGAUAGCGCAUCGUCAAGCUGGAAUAAAAGUUGUAGCAACAAGGGAAUUUUCCGCUAUUAAUGAGUACCUUUACGUAACAACAUCUACGGUUCAACCGAAAGUUGGCGCUUAUAUGAUCUUCACCGUUAGGUGUACAACUUACGUACCUAAAAUUCAAUAUAUGGUCACAGCUCAAGGAACCAUUCUAUUCGUAAAUGAAUUAGCCAUGGAAAGCCAACAAAAGACUUUUUCCAUCGCUCUAUCCAGGGAUAUGAUACCUAGGGCUCAUAUCUUAGUUUACGGUCUUUAUAACGGUAGAGUUUUGGCGGAUGCUCUUCAUUUUUAUGUUGAUGGAGUUAGAGCUUCUGAAUCAGAUUUGAAGCUUGUCGUUAAUAAGGGUAAAGAUUUUACUCAUAACACUAUAGAGGUUGUGGCAAAAGGAGAUCCUAGUACCUUAAUCGCAUUCAAUGUUCAAGACUAUUCAAUAUAUAGAUAUGAACCAAAUUUCCUUACAAGAGAUAAAAUUGAAAAGGAAUUUGCAUCCUAUGAUCUUGGUGCUAACUCAACAUUGAGUCAUACUUGGUUAAAAGAUGAGGGAAUAGAGGAAACAGUCCAUUUUCCAGCUCCUUCCAGUGCUAUUGAUUCGAAUACGACGUUUCUAUAUUUGGGUCUCGAAAUUUUUACGGAUGCAAAAUUGGAUAGGAUACCCGGAAGGGCAACUUGUAAUUUCACUCUAGGAUUCUCACCGUGUUUCGUAUCCGGUUGCUAUUCUUUGGACAAAGCUUGUGAUGGGUCAUGGGACUGUGCUGAUGGUGCCGACGAAAUGGGGUGUCCAUCCGAAGAUGAUUACACUCCAAAACGGCCACAAAAUAUUGAGUCUCUCUAUCCCGUCCUCAUCUACAAUUACGAAGAAACAUCCUGGUUAUGGUCGUGGCAUUACACAAAACCGGAUGGUAGCUCUUUUGAAGUUGUAAAGGUUCCAUACAGGCCAACCACUUGGCUUGUAAGUGCUUUAACCUUAAGUAAGGAACAUGGCUUAGCUAUUGUAGAAAAUCCUGUUAGGUUUAAAUCAACAAGACCAUUUUACAUUGAAAUGGAUGCUCCGGAAAUUGUCCGCACAGGUGAACAGAUAGGAUUACAAGUAACAGUUUUUAAUUAUUGGUCAGAAACAUUGGAAAUUUUAGUUACUAUUCACGAUCCCGAACCGUUUAAAGUGAUAACAGUACCUGAUGAUGGUUAUGUAACUAAUUAUGAUCCAGUCUUGACAAAAGGUUCAAGACAAGUAAUGGUUUGGCUAAAACCCGGUGGUGUUACAUUGAUUCAUUUUGGAAUCGUUUCCGCGGAGAUAGGAGAAUAUACUGUCUCUGUCUCGGGAGAAUCUUUCGCGGCCAAACAUACACAAAGCGCAACCAUAAAAGUUGUGGCCUAUGGCGUUGAAAACUAUUACAAUACACCACGAAUGAUUGAUAUGUUGAAUAGUGGAGCUUUAUCAAUUCCUGAUCUUGAGAUACCUAUUAAUCAAAGAUUUCUCCUACCUGAGAAGGUACGUCAUUUAUACGUUCCAGGAUCGCCCCAUGCCAGAGUAUCGGUUGUUGGUGGGUCAGCUGGGCCCAGCUUUACCUAUGGUAUAUGGGAUACAUCAACUUAUCUCAGAACUACAACCAAUGCGGGAUCAGUCUUUGCCAACAAUUUAGGAAUAAAUCUCUUGUGGUUAAACUUUUUUAGAACUCAAAAAGCAGUUAAUAAAGAAACAAUUAAAGAAGUUCAUCAUGGUAUAGCUGAUCAAGUUGCCCAGCUUAUGGUCUACUAUACAAAUAUGGGUAAUGGAUUAGGAUACUUUUCUAUGUGGACAACUGAAAGGCCAAGUCUCUUGGUCUCAAUCAAUUCUGCAUCUAUUCUUGCAACAUUUUACAAAAAUCCUGAAUGGUUACAACAAGAGUUAUACAUUGAUAUAGGCGUUGUUCAGAAUACAACAAUGUGGAUAUGUAACAGGCAGUUACCUAAUGGUGCUUUCGGCGAUGACGAUGUACUCUUUGAUAUGACACUUUAUAAAGAUAUUGAAGAUAGUAAUGGAAAGAGAUUAAAUGUCUCAUAUACUGCCUAUGCUAUUGUAAUGUUACAAGAUAUCUAUUCACAUCUAACAAAUUCUACAGUCGCCGCAAAUCUCAGAAACACACUCAACCUGGCAACAAAGUAUAUUGCACCAUAUGCAAACGGUACUGAUGAUCCAUUUAUAAUGGCUCAUAUAGCACUGGCAUUAAAAAAAGCAUCACAUUAUAGUAGCGAAGAUGCAUUUAAAAAAUUCUACAACUUACCGAGAAAAGAUAAUGGAAAAUAUUGGUCCAGAGUGCCCAUUAAAGCCGCUAGUAUCAAACUGGAAAAUCAAGUUCCAGUUUUACUUCCAAAAAUACCACAAGCUGAAGAGACUCAGGCCAUUGUUGCAACUUCAAUAGGGCUUAUACUAGAGAUGAUGAGAUUUGGUACCGAAAGAGAUUUAUCAAUUUAUAUACCUAUAGUUAAUUGGUUACAAACAAUGCGAACAACUUUUUAUGGUUGGUCUUCUCCUAUAGCAAGUUACUGGGCUUUACAGGCGUUGAUAGCCUACGAGAAGGCGGAUAAAUUUGUAGCUAUUCAUAACAUAUUUACACAAAUUACGCAGACAAGCACUGAUAAUGUAUUUGAUUUUUAUCUAAACAAAACUAAUUGGUACGAUUUACAAGCUUUUGAAAUUAACGACAAAGUUUGGGGAACUAUUAGGACAGGAGCAACUGGCAGUGGUAUAAUCCUUCUUCAGCAAGAAGCUACUGUCACCGUUGAAUAUCAAGAUCAAAUAAGACAAUCGUUAAAUAGAACAUUCGAAUUAGAUGUGGACAGUGUUUCUUUCUAUGGAAGAAAUUACUCAAUCCUAGAAGUAACUGUAUGCGCAAAAUGGCUGAGAACAGAUCUAAGUCCAACGAGUGGACAAGCCGAUAUUGAGAUACAAAUACCAAGCGGCUAUUACGUCUUAAAAGAGAUGCUUAACAAUUUCACUAAUUCCAAUCCACUAGUUCAAGAUAAUGGUUUUGAUACAAGUACACAAGUGGCUGUAUACGAAUUGGACUAUAUUCCUCCGGAGAGAACUUGCGUAUUUGUUCAAGCUCAUAGAUAUUUCCCUGUUGCUAAUAUUACAAUUCAACAGACAGUAAGAGUCUAUGAUCACUACGAUAUUGGAAAAUAUAAUAAAACAUACUACGAAGCUAGUACACUUUUCCAAACAACAAUUUGUCAAGUUUUUGGAUCUUAUCAGUGCCCAUAUUCACCUUUUUACAAUUCUGCAAAGCCAUUGAAAAACACGCCAUACAUAUCUUUAUUCUCAUUUUUUAUUAUUGCUUUUACAUACAAAUGGAUUUUCCGUUAA